AUGGCAACUGAGGAAAGCCUGAUAGAACUAAUGACUGGUGAACAGAUAGAGGAACAAGUUGAUGAAGAAGUAACUAUUAUGACAAAGGUUUUAAAAGACAACACUGAAAUGAAGGAAUUUGAAAUGCGAAAAAUGGAAAUUGAAUUAGAAAAACAACGCUUAGAAUUUGAAAAAUACAAAAUAGACCGGGAAUUACAGCAUCAAUUGCGUCUGAAAGAACUUGAACUUGAACUUAAUCGUGGCACAACAAAAACUGAAGCCACAACGAAAAUUCCAGUGAAACUUAAAUUACAACCAUUUAAUCAUGACAAAGAAGAUGUGCUAACAUAUUUGGAUGAAUUUGAGUCGGUAUCCAAGCAAGCAGGAUGGGAAGAAGAUAUCAAAGUCUUACAUUUGAAAUCCUUACUUGUUGGAGAUGCUCGCGAGAUUGCUUCUCAUUCUAGUAAAACAUAUGAAGAUCUACGGAAGGCCUUAAUUACACGAUUCAGCAAAAGGAGGUCUGAUUAUUUCGGAAUGUUAUCUGGUAUCCAAAGAAACCACAAUGAAACAUACCGAGGACUUAUGGCACGCAUAGAUCAAUAUUUGGCAAGGUUCAUCGGAGAGCGUGAUACUAUUCAGUGUUUUCGAGAAGAGUACUUCUUGAAGGCGUUGCCAGGAGCACAGUCCCAGUGGAUACGUAGAAACCAGGGAACAGGGACGGUGGUAGAGGCUGCAGAGGAUUAUAUAGUACCUCAAAGAGAUCAGAAUAGGCGGAGUGCUGGGCAUAUACCUAUGGGAUCGGGAGGUACGAAUGCCAGUAAAGUGGUUUCACAGGAAAUGUCGCGAUUUGCUGGCGAGGGCAAGAAGAAUGUGGUGUGCUUUAAGUGUAAGGCACGGGGCCAUAUUGCCCGGGACUGUCCGAGUAAUAAAAGACAAGGAGGACAAAAUCAGGCUUCGUAUCUUGUUAGGCAAACAAUUGGGGAGCGACUGAUUUGUGUGCCAGGUCUUGCAGACGGACAGGAAAUAAGCUUUGUCAAGGAUACUGGGGCUGAUGUGACAUUAAUUCGUGAGGAAUUUGUCAAGCCAAGUGCUAUCCUUGAAGGACAGUGUAUGACGUUAUACACGGCGAUUGGCCAGCCGUUUCAAGCAAAACGGGCAAUCGUGGAUCUUGACCUUCCAUGCUUUAAGGGUCAUGCUCAAGUUGGUGUCGUGUCGGACUUGGCUGCUGAAGCUUUACUAGGAAUGGAUAUUCUUGACAGGUCAGUUAUGGCAGUGACAAGGGCACAGUCCAAGCAGCAAGAGGCUGAGGAGCAUGUCGUGGAGCGUGAAAUGGAGGUAACAAAAGUACUACCUCGAAACAUUAUGGAAGAAAGAUCGGAGGAAAGGCUGGGUGUUGAUGAGCUGUCAACGGUCAACUCAGAGGAACUUUCCAAGUUACAGCGAGAGGAUGAGUCGCUGAGUAAAAUUAAUGCGAAGUCCUUGUCGUCAGCUGAGGAAGCUGAUGAAGAUGAUGUUGCUUUUUAUUGGGAACAUGACAUUCUAAGGCGAAAGUGGAGGACUGGAGAUGGUAAAACAGCUGGAAAACAGUUGGUACUUCCCAAAUCACUGAGACAAGCUGUCAUUAAACUUGCCCAUGACAGACCUUUAGCAGGACAUCUUGGACAAGAGAAAACUAAGCAAAGAGUCCUACAAUCAUUUUAUUGGCCUGGAAUGUUCUCGGAUAUAAAAAGUUACUGUCAAACGUGUGAUGUAUGUCAAAAAGUGGCUAGACGUGACCACCAGAGAGCUCCAAUGGUCAUUGUGCCAAGAGUUGGACAGCCAUUUUGGAAAAUUGCUAUGGACAUUGUCGGACCGUUACCAAUGACAAAAUCAAGGAAUAGGUUCAUCCUAACUGUAGUUGACGAUGCAACGCGAUAUCCUGAGGCAUUCCCAUUACCUAGCAUUGAGGCGGAGAGAAUUGCUACAAAACUCAUGGAAAUGUUCAGCCGUGUAGGUAUCCCAAAAGUUAUCUUGACAGAUCAAGGUACUAAUUUCACCAGCAAGUUACUGACGCACCUCUACAGAAACAUUGGGAUCAAAGGUAUCAAAACAACUCCAUACCACCCUCAAACAAAUGGCACAGUAGAACGGUUUAACGGUACUCUGAAAGCCAUGCUAAAGAAGCUGUGCGGAGGUAAUGUCGAGCAAUGGGAUGAGUUACUGCCCUAUACCCUGUUUGCAUACCGUGAAGUCCCACAUGAGGAAACUGGAUUUUCUCCUUUCGAGCUUCUGUACGGUUGGCCUGUUCGUGGACCUUUACAAGCACUAGAAUCAAUCAUGACAGGAGAAGGAGACACCCCAAGAUCUGUGGUGGACCAUAUAGUAAACAUACGAGAAAAACUUCAAGAUGUCAGUCAGGUGGUUCAAAAUAAUUUAGCAGAAAGGAAGGCCAAGGUCAAAGUAUGGUACGACAAAAGGGCAACUGAAAGAUCAUUCAGUCCAGGGGAUGAAGUUCUUGUUCUACUCCCGACGGAGAACGCCAAGAUGCUAGCACACUGGAAAGGACCAUAUAGAGUGACUGAAAGGGUCAACAAUGUCAAUUACAAGGUCAACGUCGGAGGUCGCAGAGGAAUAGUCACGUAUCACGUGAACCUGCUUAAACGGUACUACCGUGCUAUGUACAUAGUUAGCAGAGUAGAGGGUGACGAUGUUGGUCAGGAGGGAAAAAUCUUUCAUCCAAAUGACUCGGAGGAGACAGUUAAGGAUGUUAACGUCAACAAAAACGUAGGCAGUGACAAAGUGAUGGAACUGUGGGCGUUGUGUGCUGAUUUUGAGGAUGUCUUUACGACAAGGCCAGGGAAGGCAACUGUAGUGGAACAUGAGAUAAAAACUACAUCAGAGAUUCCCAUAACACAACGGCCUUAUAGGAUUCCAUACACUCAGCAGGCUGAUGUAAAACAACAACUGGAUGAGAUGGCUGAGCAAGGCCUAAUCAUACCGUCAAAGAGUCCAUGGAGUUCACCAAUAGUUUUGGUCAGAAAACGCGAUGGAACGAUUAGAAUUUGUGUGGACUAUCGAAAACUGAACAGCAUUACAGUGUUUGAUGCUUACCCAACUCCCCGCAUCGAUAACAUACUUGAGCAGCUGGGAAAUGCUAGAUAUUUGAGCACUUUGGACUUAACUAAGGGUUAUUGGCAAGUGCCUCUUUCUGAAAAUUCCAGAGAAAAAUCUGCAUUUAUAACGCCGUUUGGACUCUACGAGUUCACCGUCAUGCCGUUUGGAAUGAAAACAGCUCCAGCAACUUUUGCACGACUCAUGACACAACUACUUCAAGGUCUAAGCCAUGUUUUGGCUUAUUUUGAUGACAUCAUCAUACACUCCAACAGCUGGGAGGAACAUAUGCAGGAUGUUCAGGCUGUGAUGGGGCGACUUAGGGAGUAUGGCUUCACUAUUCGACCAAGUAAGUGUAGUUUGGGGCAGGAAGAAGUAAGGUGCCUAGGACACCUUGUUGGAGGUGGCAAAAUUCAGGCAGAUCCGGACAAAAUCAAAGCAAUGAUUGAAUUUCCUUUACCUAUCACAAAGAAACAGGUACGUGGAUUUCUAGGGAUGACAGGAUAUUACAGAAAGUUCAUCAAAGAUUUUGCUGAGCUGGCAGCACCGCUUACCGACCUUACUAAAAAGGGAGCGCCAACAAAGGUCAUCUGGAAUGAACAUGCUACCAAGGCUUUCAAAGACCUAAAGUCUAAAAUGGUAUCAGCACCAGUGCUGUCAAUGCCAAACUUUGAGGAGCAGUUUGUUCUGCAAACAGACGCCAGUGACAUCGCUAUUGGCGCUGUUUUGACACAAAAGCAAGCAAGUGAAGAACACCCUGUAGCAUACCUUAGCCGGAAGUUACUGCCGAGGGAAAGGAACUAUGCCACGAUAGAGAAAGAAUGCCUGGCCAUAGUUUGGGCAAUCGAGUCCGUUGCACAUUUUGUCAAUGUGCAGGUCAAUGUGCAGGUCAAUGUGCAGGUCAAUGUGCAGGUCAAUGUGCACGUCAAGGUGCAGGUCAAGGUGCAGGUCAAGGUGCAGGUCAAGGUGCAGGUCAAGGUGCAGGUCAAGGUGCAGGUCAAGGUGCAGGUCAAGGUGCAGGUCAAGGUUCAGGUCAAGGUGCAGGUCAAGGUGCAGGUCAAGGUCAAGGUGCAGGACAAGCUGCAGGCCAAGGUGCAGGUCAUGGUGCAGUUGAUUGACCAAUAUGUCAUACAACUGAUGUCCGAAGAGGAAAUGAAAAAAUACAUACCGUUGCACGGAGACAGAAUGAAAAUCCGAAGGUACAUAAGAAAUCAGGACAAACAUAAAAAUAUGGGAUUGUCCAGGCAAGGGGAGCUAAUUUCGAAGUUAAGAUCAAAACUUGAAAAUAGAUUGUCCCCAGAAAAUUCUGCUUGCGCAGAAGUGCUCGCACUAGACAUUUGA